GGCGCGCGCAGGGCCGCUUCCCGGGCACCCGCCGCGAUGUCUGUCGUCGCCCCGCCGCCGCCGCCCGCGGGCUUCGCCAGCCCCUUCGCCAGACCCCGCUGCCUGGCCGCGGCCGCCCCGGCCGGCAAAGUCAAGCUGACGCACCCGGGCAAGGCGAUCCUGGCAGGUGGCAUCGCGGGAGGUAUUGAAAUCUGCAUAACGUUCCCCACGGAAUAUGUGAAAACGCAGCUGCAGCUCGACGAGAAGGCCAACCCGCCACGCUAUAAAGGCAUCGUGGAUUGCGUCCAAGUGACGGUGAAGGAUCAUGGGAUCAAAGGUCUUUACCGAGGACUCAGCUCCUUGGUGUAUGGGUCCAUCCCGAAGGCUGCUGUGAGGUUUGGCAUGUUUGAAUUCCUGAGCAACCACAUGAGAGAUGCAGAUGGGAAGCUGGACAGCACGCGUGGCCUUCUUGCCGGGUUGGGGGCUGGCGUGGCUGAAGCUGUGGUGGUGGUCUGUCCCAUGGAAACCAUCAAGGUGAAGUUCAUCCAUGACCAGUGUUCCCCCCAUCCAAAAUACCGAGGUUUCUUUCAUGGCGUGCGGGAGAUAGUUCGGGAACAAGGGUUAAAAGGAACCUAUCAGGGUUUAACCGCCACAGUCCUCAAACAAGGUUCCAACCAAGCCAUCCGCUUUUUUGUCAUGACAGCUCUUAGGAACUGGUACAAAGGGGACAAUCCAAGCAAGGAGGUGAACCCACUUGUGACGGGAGUAUUUGGGGCGCUCGCUGGUGCUGCCAGCGUCUUUGGUAACACCCCGUUAGAUGUUGUGAAGACCAGGAUGCAGGGUCUUGAAGCGCAUAAGUACAAGAGCACCUUGAAUUGCGCCUACCAAAUUAUGAAACAUGAAGGACCUCUUGCGUUUUACAAGGGGACGAUUCCUCGCCUGGGAAGGGUCUGCUUAGAUGUAGCCAUUGUGUUUAUCAUCUAUGAUGAAGUGGUCAAGGUACUCAACAAAGUGUGGAAAACAGACUGAGAGCUCACGGCCGUGAGCUGGGUGGUCAUCUGCCCACCCCAUCAGGCAACAGCUGGGAAAAAGGCGUGACCAACUGCAGAAGGCAUCUGAAAGGGUGGUGCGUUUCUUCAUUCUUUUUCUUCUCACUGGGAGUGGUGCCCCAGGUGCAAAGAGGACAUGAAUCCAGUCCCCAAGUCACUAUCACAUCUUAUGAUACUUAUUUAUCGAAAUGAACUGUGGAUUCUUCUGUCUGUAAUGAUCAAUUGUGUGAGACGGCUGGCGGGGUAAGCAGGAUGGGGUCACGGGAAUGAAUUCAUGGGUCAUCUUCAAAUGGUUUUCUUCCGGUGGUGGGUCAGGGAAUGAGGUCAAUGGGUGGGGUGAAGUGGUUUUCUUUGGUACUCUUGAAAGGGGGGAGGGAAUACACAUGCUCGUUGGCUCUCUCACUUGUUCACCCUUAGAAUACAAGUUCAAGGCAAGUCCUUCCUUUUCAAAAAAAGACAAAUUGAGGAAUGUGCUGAUGGCUGGAAUGGUUGGGUGUGCGUGUGCAUCUGUGUGAGUGCUAAUUUGUUUUUGUAGUGCCAUUUUUAUUUGAUGCCUUUCCACCAAAGAUCAUUUUGGAAAGAGAGAGGUGGAACAUAGGGAGGUCUUCCCAGUGGUCAGCAAGAAAAAGGAUCUCAAGUUGACUUAGGUUGAUCAGCAAGGUGGUCUGAAGCAUCUUUCCCAAUCUGAUGCUUCCCAGGUCCUUAGAACCAUUUGCUGGGUCUGCUAGGAUUUCUUGAUCUUGUGGUCCAACACUCUUUCAGGGCAUUAGGUUAGGGAAGGCAAGCUCUGAGACUUAAAACAUGCCCAGAAAAAGUAUCUCCAUCCCAAAGGAGAUAGAGGUGGUCUGUAUCUCUCUUGGCACCCCACUCCUUUGGUGGAAACCUGAUAUUCAUCCACUUCUGGGACUUCAAGAAGUGGUAAUCAAAACCAAAACACUGAAUACAUUCCAAGAAUCACCCUUUCAUCAUUUUCUUUUGGCAAGUUGCAGUCCUUCAUGAUCAAGUCUGAUCCUCUGAGCCACAAAUGGACAUCCUAGGCUUCUGGCUUAGACAGGUAUCUCCAGUGCAGGAUAAAAAUUCUCCAUGUAGGUCUUCUCCUAGCCACAUUCCGAUAACACAGAUGCAGGGAAACUAGGAAGAACAGCAGUUAUUAUUGUGCUGUGUUUUCUCAGACCCGCCCCCCCAUUGGCCUUCAUUCCCUGUAUCCAAAAGAGGCAUUGCAUAUCUUGUUCUUCAGGAUGUGGGAGAAGAGGAUGAUAUUGCCAGCUUGGUGGCUGGCAAGUCAGUUAUGCAGCAGACAGAAUGGGUCAAGGCUGCUUGGGCAGGUGGGAAGUUGCCCCAGGUGGGCACUAAUGUAUCAACUACCUAGAGAAAUAGUAGUGGCUAUUGAUCUUCGGUGAUGGAGAUGCUAAACUUUGGCAGGGAGGAUCUAGCCAGUCUGGAAACUGCAGUAUUAUUCUUCCCCAAACCCUGGCUUUUAUGUGCCUCUCCACCCUCAUGCCUGGCAGUUUGGGUUUUUGUUCAGAUGAAUGUGUGUGAUUUUUUAAAAAAAUAUCUACAUGGAUAUGUUGAGGACCUCCUUUUGUCCUCUAUCUGGAACAUGCAGGAAUGUUGCCUUCCCGUUGGACAGAACCUGCCCUGCUGUGCCCAUUUACUCAUUCUGUAGGAUUCAUUGGUUUGCAGCUUUUCAAGUUGUUGGGGGAAAGGGAGCAAUUGACAUGAUUCUUCUUUCAGACCAUGCUCCAUGGGGCAUCUAGUGGAGAGAAGACCUCCCCAUUCAUCCUUUUCAAAGGGACUUUGUUCUCCUCCUUAGACACUGCCUUAGUUUGAGAACCUUAGGAAGACCUUCAACAAGGCCCUGGGAUUUGGCAAACACAACACUGCUUUACCAAUUCUUGUACUGUAUUAAGAAGGGGAAGGCAGCCCCUUUGUCUCUUCUGCCCUGGUGCCAAGAGAAGUUGGGAUAAUUCCACUAAUCAGUGCCAAAUGUUUUGCAUCCUUUGUCCCUUUCGUUACAUGUGGUGGUCUCCUCCUCCCCCGCCUACCCAACCCGCCCACUUUCCAAAUUUAACCCAGGUUAGCUAAAUACAACCUGCAUUUCAUGGUACGGAGUUGUGGGUGGAAAGAGCUACGGUAAGUCUGGUUUGCUGCUCCUGUGGGGCUAAGCUGGUCCAGAAAGAUUCUAGACAAAGCUUGUAUCCAAUCUCAGAGGUACCAGUAAGGGAGAGAUUGUAUUUGAGGCAUAGCAUUGUCCAAAUAGAGAUCCUGCUUGUUCUUCCCUUCUCUUUCUGAAUGUCAGUGUAAGUGAACUUCCCUUCCUGUGGGCUGUUAAUUCCCAAGAUGCUUUCUUAUACUACCUAUACAACAAAGUUAAUGCAGAGCUGGCCAAGGGUAGGGGGUUGUUGCUUGUAUUUUUUACAGGAUCCGGUGUUUCUUAGGUUGAGGAUUUAAAUUAAAUGUUCUAAAUGUCUCGCUGCAUGCCCUGGCAGCCUAACACUAGUAUGGUUUUGGAAUUCCUGAGCUCUCCGGCAUGGAUGUUGACAAUAAAACCAACGUUGCCUGGUUAUUAA